GUGGUUAUUCUCCCACGAGAAAUUAGAUUUUGUUUUCAGAUCAACAACUGGGUAGGUGGGAAAGAACGUAACAUUCGUGCUCUUCUUGGGUCUCUUAACGAUGUUCUUUGGGAAGGUGCAGAGUUGUGGAAUCAACCCAAAAUGGGCGAUUUACUGAGUGCUUCACAGGUAAAACGGUGUUACUACAAGGCGUGUUUAUUAGUACAUCCGGACAAGCAGGUCGGUACUCCGCACGAGAAGUUGGCUCGAGCGAUUUUUACCGAAUUGAACGAUGCGUGGAACGCUUUUGAACAGGGUGGUGGUCAACUACUAUAG